CUCGCAAGGCCGAGAUGAUAGUUGCCUUCAAGUGGGCCUAGUAAAUCAAACACCUUCCCGGCGUAGCCAUGUAUCAGCCAUUGGAAAAGGAGAAUUUAUGCACCAAAUACAUCCGGAUAGCGGUCGUUGUGGCGGCCUAUUGGGUCAUCUCUAUACUUACCGUAUUUGUGAACAAGGCCCUGCUGAGCGGGCUGAAGCUCGAUGCACCGCUGUUUGUGACGUGGUUCCAGGUGCUUACCUCGUCGACGAUAUGUUUCACCAUGAGCAUGCUGAGCAAGCGGUAUCCACGGGCCGUCUCCUUUCCGGAGGGCAAUCCGUUCGAUAGGGAAACCUUCCGCAAGGUGCUUCCGCUCUCGAUACUGUUCACCGCCAUGAUAGCGACGAACAAUCUCUGCCUGAAGUACGUCAGCGUGGCUUUCUACUACGUCGGCCGUUCGCUGACGACCGUGUUCAAUGUGCUGCUGACGUACGCGCUGCUAGGCCAGAAGACCAGCCCGAAAGCGUGCCUGUGCUGUGUGAUGAUUGUGGCCGGCUUUUGGAUCGGUGUCGAUCAGGAAAGCUUGACCGAAUCGUUCUCACUGAUUGGCACCGUGUUCGGUGUGCUUGGUUCGCUCAGCCUGUCGCUGUACUCGAUCCACACCAAGCGCACGCUGCAGCACGUCAACCAGGAGGUUUGGUUGCUAAGCUACUACAACAACGUCUACUCGGCCGUGCUGUUCAUUCCGCUCAUGCUGAUCAACGGGGAGGUGCAGAAGGUGGCAAACUAUGAACAUUUGUUCGAGGGUUGGUUCUGGGGCGUGAUGACGAUCGGAGGCGUUUGCGGGUUUGCCAUCGGCUUUGUGACGACGCUCCAGAUCAAGGUAACGUCCCCGCUGACGCAUAACAUUUCCGGCACGGCUAAAGCGUGCGCCCAAACGGUGAUAGCCACAUCGUGGUAUCAGGAAACGAAAUCAUUCCUCUGGUGGACGUCGAACGUGGUGGUGCUGCUCGGGUCCGCCUUUUACACGCGCGUUAAGCAGCUCGAAAUGGACCAGACGCAUCGAGAGCAAAUGAAUAGUCAAAAGGUAUGAGUUAACAUGUGCGAUUAGUUUGUAUCUCUUAUCUGCUUAUACUAAAAAAAAGAACAAACGUACAGGGCUUACUUUGAACACAACACUGAAAAGUGUAUCUUAAAAAAUAAAAAUAAAAACAUAAACAUAA